CUCCCCACACACCGACCGCUGCCUGUUCUUCCCCCUCCAAGAUGGAGGCCUUAGGGGGCUACCCUGCCAAGUCCUCCAGCCCGAAAGCUAAAAAAAUAACGGUGCUGCUGAGCAUGACAGUCGGUGUGGGGUGUUUAUUCCUCCUGCAGACUCAGCUGGUGAAGCCGAGAAAACCGAAGAAUUUUUAUUCUUUCGAGGUCAAAGACGCGAAGGGGAGGUCGGUUUCCCUGGAGAAGUACCGAGGAAAAGCGUCCUUGGUUGUAAACGUGGCGAGUCACAGCGAGCACACGGAGGCAAACUACAGGUUUCUGCAGGAGCUCCACAGGGAGCUGGGCACCUCUCACUUUAACGUCCUGGCCUUUCCCUGCGGCCAGUUCGGGGACACCGAGACCGGGUUCAGCCGAGACAUCGAGGCUUUCGCCAAGUCCACCUACGGUGUUACCUUCCCGUUCUUCAGCAAGAUCAAAAUAAUGGGCUCAGAGGCGGACCCUGCCUUCAAAUUCCUCACAGAUUCUGUGCAGAAAAUUCCAAAGUGGAACUUCUGGAAGUUCCUGGUGAAUCCAGAGGGGAAAGUAGUCCGGUUCUGGAGAGCCGACGAGCCCAUGGAAAGCGUUCGACAAGAAGCCACUGCGCUGGUGCGAGAAAUCAUCCUAAAGAAACGGGUGGAGCUAUGAUGGAGCUAAUUGACAAAUACUGGACACACCGCUGUGUUAUGUCUGUGUUUCCUGUGCUUUGACAGCCGGGAAUAACAAGUGGUGGACUAUGAACUGUUACAGUGAGAGUGGUUGGGUGACAUCUCGCUCCAGGCACGUGCAAGAUGAAAAAAAUCCACUAGUUUUAGCCACAAAGGCGAAGAAAGGCAUGCAAGGCUAGCCAGACUGUGUGUGAGUGUGUGUGUUUGAGUUUUGUGUGUGAUACGGACCAUCCUGUGGUUAAUCAUGACAAUGAUGAUGAACAUUCCUUAUAAUGACCACUGCUGCGGCUGAAGGAUUGUUUUAGGCUUUGAAGUGUUGGAUGUUUACGUUUAGUUUGGCGUAGUCGUUGUGUGUACUUUCUAAUGUUUACAUUAAAAUCUAUUUCUUAAGGUGAAGCACACAAUUUUAUGCUGUUUUGACUGAUUUGAGCCCAUUAGCUUGUGAAACAGCCUCCCAGCAAUAAAAGUAUUUCAUGAUUAUUUGAUUUA